AUGACCGCAGAGAAGCAAACGAGCGAGGGACACCCCAGCAUCCCAAUGGAGGGAGAGGACAUCACACCCAAGAAAGAUGGAGGUGUUUUGAAGUUGGUGAAAAGAGAAGGCACUGGAGCAGAGCUGCCAGUGACUGGAGACAAAGUGUUUGUACACUAUGUAGGAACCCUCCUGGAUGGCACUCCUUUUGACUCCAGCAGAGACAGGGGAGAGAAAUUCUCCUUUGAGUUGGGCAAAGGUGAAGUUAUAAAGGCGUGGGACAUCGGCGUGGCCACUAUGAAACAAGGUGAACUCUGCCAGCUCAUUUGUAGAUCAGAUUAUGCAUACGGUUCUACUGGCAGCCCACCCAAAAUCAGCCCUGGUGCGACACUUGUUUUUGAGGUGGAACUUUUUGAAUUCCGAGGGCAGGAUAUAACCGAAGAUGAGGAUGGAGGGAUUAUCCGUCGCAUUAUCACUAAAGGGCAGGGAUACGCAAAGCCUAAUGAAGGAGCUACUGUUGAAGUGAGCGUGGAAGGCACCUGCGAAGGGCGUGUGUUCGAUGAAAGGGAACUCAAGUUUGAGAUCGGAGACGGAGAAAGUUUCAGUUUGCCAACCGGAGUCGAGAAAGCCAUCUCUGCCAUGGAGCAGGGAGAGGAAUCGCUGUUUUACAUCAAAUCCAAGUAA